AUGAAGAUCAUUUCAAUAUCUCUACCACUACUAACCAUAUUUAUCAUUCAAAAUGUGUUUCUUCCAAUAAGCCAUUGCAGGGCUGAUCUCAUUGACCAAACGUGCAAACAAACACCGAACUACAAUCUUUGUGUUUCUUCUCUUAAAUCUAAUCCUCGAAGCUCCGCUGCUGAUGUCAAGGGCCUAGCCAUCAUAAUGGUCGAGGUGGUUAAGUCCAAGGCAAAUGAUACUCUGAACAAAAUAUGGGCAGAGCUUCUUAGGCAUGAAGACCCCGUAAUCAGAAAUUGCUAUGAUCAUUACGGUUACAUGGUGGGAGCUUUUAUCCCAGACAUCUAUGGAGAUUUAACUUCAAGAGGUUUAGGUGGUAGGUUUGUACGUUACAACCCUGCACAGGCAGAGCGACGCUUGCACAAUGAUAUUAUCCUACGGGUUGAUCAUUGUCAGAAUGGUUUUGGUCAAGGCCGCCGAUCUCCAUUCGCCAAGGAAAACAAAGCUACCCAUGAAGCAGCGGUUGUGGCUGCAGCAAUUGUUUGGAUAUUGAUCUGA